AUGUCGGGCCAGGGCGCCAUGGCCACGUCAUCUCCCAGUACAGAAAUGCGCCGACGGCGCGCGCAAACCACGGGCCAGCGCAAGCGGUCCGAGGCCGAGGACGACUGCAUCCGCGACCUGCCGGAGUUCAAGCCCGGCACCACCGCCUUCGACAAGUGCAUGCGCUUCCUCGCCAAGUACAGCGGCUCCACGCCGCCGCCGCCGCGAGAGUCCCUCCUGAGCCUCGCGCUCGCCGACUCGGGCCACGCCCCGCGCGCGGCCCCCGCCGCGCACGAGCCGGCUCUCGCGUGCAUCAGCCCCGUCGCCGCGCUGCGCCACUCGUCGAACGCGUCGAGCGACACGGUCGCCUGCGCGGCGCUCGCGUCCGCCGACAUCGACCGCGACGUCUCCGCCGGCCUCGACGCCGAGCCGACCCUCGAGUGGGACGUUGACGCGCUGCGCGUCGAGGACCUCGUGCGGCUGUCGCGCCCGCGCGCGUCGCUCAGCGGCGCGGCGAAGCCGAUGCAGCGCGCGAGGGAGCUGCCCCCGCGCGAGUCGUUCGGCAGCGCCGCGGUCGCGGACGUCACGCAGGGCCGGGGCCCGGCGCCGCGCGUGCGCGCACAGAGCAUCCCCGCGCCGAUCGUCGCGGGCCGCGCGCCGCGCGUGUGGAGCGACCCGCGCUGCGCGCUCGCGCUGCUCAGGGACAGGCUCGCCCGCACGGUGCGGGUCACGCGUGAGAGCCGCAGCAUCGCCGUGUACGCGGCGUUGUUCGCGUGGGUGGUGUACCUGGCCUUUGGCGCCGCUGCGGCGCCGGUCGCGCUCGUCGCGGCGCUGAUGCACCUCGUGUCGGUGCAGGAGGACCGCAACGUCGUCCUGCGCAUCGUCCCCGAGCGCUGCCUGCCCGCGCUGCGCGACGGCCGCGGGUACGUCGAGACGCACCCGCAGGUGGCGUGCCUGUUCGCGGACCUCGUCGGAUACACGCGCAUGUGCUCCAGCGUGGCCCCCGCGCACGUCCUGUGCCUCCUGGACGAGAUCUACCACCAGUUCGACCAGCUGUGCCACGCGGCGGGCGCGCAGAAGGCCGAGACCAUCGGCGACGGGUACGUCGCCGUCGCGGGCCUCGGCGACAUCGGCGAGGAGGACGCGGCGCGCGCGGUCAAGGCCGCGGUGCGCCUCGGCAUCAACAUGAUCCGCCUGGUCGACAUGUACGAGAACGACGGGGAGCCGCUCAACCUGCGCGUGGGCGUGCACGUGGGGCCUGUCGCCGCAGGCAUCAUGGGCCAGCAGGUGCCGAAGUUCUCGUUCAUCGGGGACACCUUCAACGUGGCGUCGCGCAUGGAGUCGAGCGGCGUCCCGGGCACCGUGCAGCUGUCGGCGGAGGCGCACCGGCUCUACAUGGCGCCCGCGCAGCUCCCCGGGAUCGACAACUCGCGGCUGCUGCCGGCCGAGCGCCGCGUCGACGCGCAGGGGCUGCCGAUCGUCGUGAAGGGCAAGGGGCGCAUGCAGACCUACCUGGUGCGCGUGCCCGACCUGCGCCGCCCGCGGUCGGUGUCCGUGAGCGGAACGGUCUCGCCGGCGCCGCUGCGCAAGCGCCGCAACGUUCAGGAGAUCGUCCAGGACUGGACGCACAGGCUCGGGCAGGACCGCAGCGCGCUGGAGCGCGCCUGA